AUGACCGUACUGCUGCUCUUUCCACUAGGAUUGCCUAUUAUUGGGCACCUACAUAUCUUGAACCCUGAAGCUCCCUAUUUGUCCCUUCAUGCCUGGACUAACCUCUACGGAAAGGUGUUCAAAAUACAGUUUGGUUCUGUGCCCUGUGUUGUCAUCUCUGAUGUCGAUGUUCUUAAAAAAGUUUUCAGUCAGGAAGAGGCUACUGGACGAGCACCCCUUUAUCUCACGCAUGGAAUUAUGCAGGGGCAUGGUUUGAUCUGUAGUGAGGGUCCUACCUGGCAGGAACAGAGGAUAGUCAAUCAAUCAAUCAAAUAA